CCGCAACUCUUCUUCUCUCUCCUUCUCCAGCAUUCUCCCUCUUCACCUCUCGUCCCCUUGGAGCUCCCAAACUUCUCCUCGUUCAUCCUCACGGUUUUCAUCCAGCAAAUACAAGCGUCAAGCUCUUCAGGCCGCCUCCCUAUCGCCACUCGUUGUUUGUGUCGUCUCUCGUUGCGCUUCUGUAUCUCCCAGAGAACUCAAGUCGACUUUUUUGACAACAUCACCGCCAAGAUGAAGUCCGUCGUUAUCGCCCUCUGCACCCUGGUUGCAGCCACUGCCGCCCAAGGCUCUCCCAACCUUGCCGCCUGCGGUCAAACUUGCGCUACCAACAUGUUGAGCGCCGACAAGGCUGAUGAAUUGGGCUGCAAACAAAAUGACCUGAGGUGUCUCUGUGCCAACAAGAACUUCCUCUACGGCCUCCGAGAUUGCUCCGCCGCUAUUUGCCCGGCUGAGGAUGCCAGAAAGGUCGUCGAGUAUGGCAUCAGCAUAUGUGCGGGAGCUGGUGUUGCGAUCCAGACAAGUUCUGGAGGUGGCAGCGGCGGUGCUAGUCACACUGAAAGUGCAUCUGGAAGUGCCACUGGCAGUGCUACUGAUGGCGAGUCGACGCUUGUCACUGCUGGAUCUAGCCCUACCACUGCAACUGCUGGAAGCAGCACAGAUGGUGAACAAGCCUCCGGCAAAGUAUCCACAAUCUUCACCACUUUCACCUCUGACGGCCAAACCAUCACUACUGGUAUUGCCACUACCAUCUCUGGAAAUGUUGGUGGUGGGGGAAGUGUCAGCGUUUCUACUUUCACCGCGACUGUUACCGAAUCCGAUGGCAGCGUUCACACAACAACUGGCCAGACUACUUUGACUGGGGGAUCAGUCACUCUUACCGGUUCCGAGGCUACUGCCACGGGCACUGGCGCACACCAUACUGGCAGUGCCAUCCUUACGACCGUAACUUCUGGCAGCUCUACCAUCGUCAAGACUCUGACCACGGUCCACAGAAGCAGCGAAUCUGACACCGCUUCUAUCACUGAAUCUUCUACGCAGCCUGAAUCCAGCUCCGAGUCUAGCACCGAGGGCACAGAAACUAAGACUGGCAGUUCAAGUGCUUCCAGCACAUCCACCAGCACAGCUGCCGGUGUUCCUCAGAAGACUGCUGGUCCCGUCGGCAUCAUUGCUGCUGCCGGCCUCGCCAUCCUCAUGCUCUAAAAAUUUAUCUCGAUGGCCCCUUUUUUUGAUGUUUCGCGUUGCACAUGUUUGAUAUAUAAUACCCUGUUGUUGUCUCAUAAUCCUCGACUUACUAAACAUCUUUCGCGCUCGGCGUGGGAAUUUGGGCCGAGUCUAUCUUUCAUGACAAAGGAAAUAGGAACAAGGUGAAUGGACAUGAACCGGGAAAGUUUGAUGAGGGUUAAUGAGUCAAAUGGUUUAUCAUUUUCUUUUUUAAUUGGGCCACGAGAGAUGCACAAAGGAUUUGGUGAUUAAUUUGUUGGCCAUGUGCCAGUGGAGGGCGGAGCGCAAAAACGAGACUCGGGCUCAAGGCGGAUUUACUUCAGUUCACAUCUUCCUGUCAGACGAGAGAGUCUCAAGACUGCCGUGUACCUGGCAGUAUGGAUGAAUACCCUCUCUGACGUUGUCUAGAGGCACGGGGUUGAUUCUCAUGCUGUAGUUUGGCAGAAGAAUAAUAACUAAUUUUGGUGCAACUCACAAUCUUCUCCAUGCCGCAGAGUUUUGAAUGAUGCUUCCAGCACCGAAGGUUUUGAUGACGGCUCACGGGAAUGUUGUAGACUAUGCUUGAGUCAAUGCUGCUGCUACGCAAAGCUCAAUGAAUCUUCGACGAGCUACAAAACGGCGAGUUAUUCAUGCAAUGGUUACAAAAAAAUUAUACUAGGUGCUAGAAGA